CCAGACCACACACAGCUUGCAGUCAGUUGCGAAAAUGAGUUCGUCUGCGCCCGUCGAUCCUGCGUCUGUCCAAGUGCCUGUGAGCUCCGAAGGCGCGUCCUUGUUGCACGGAGGCGCUGCCCCCGCUGCUACUGCUGCCAAGAACACCAAGUUGAUUGCCCUCGGCGUGGCGGCCGUGGCGGCUGUCGGCACCGGCAUUUACUUCCUCGUUAGCCCUUUGGCCAACUUGAACGUCGCGCCUGCCAACGUUGAAGGAGGCGAUAACACGACCAGCACAACGUUGUUGCCCUUGACCGCGGUUGCCACCUCUGUUAUCCCUGCAACCACCACCGCCACCACACCCACGGUUGUGGCAACUACCACGGGCCCUGUCACAGAUCCCGAAGCCAUGGUCCCAGCAUUGACCUUCCUCGCCAUCGGGGAUUGGGGCAGUACUGUCGGCAAGGAAUGGGGCGAAGCUGGUUCGUGCUGCCGUCUCUACAAGAACGGCCAAGUCGACACGUCCACGCCUCGUUAUCAAGUCGACUACUACGCUCAAAAGUACGUGGCGACGUUGAUGGCACAAUCUGCGACAGAGCUCAAGCCCGUGCGGAUCUUGGGCCACGGCGACAACUUUUACUGGAACGGCGUCGGGCCGUGGGAUGUCAACUACCGGUUUGCCGAAACGUUUGAGAAAAUGUAUGCCGACCCCGCCCUUCAAGGCAUCAAGUGGCUCAAUGUCGCCGGCAACCACGACAUUGGCGGAUCGGCGUUCAUUUGCGGACCCCAAGACAAACAAUUCCGCGAGUGUGCGUCCGUCGACGAAAUGAUUAAAGAUCUCCGCAGCCAUUUUGACUUGCAAGCCAACUAUAAGAGCCCUAACCAAGACCGGUGGGUAUUGAAGCACUACUUUGUCGAACGCGUGUCCAAGAACGGGGUAUCCGUGGACGUGUUCAACUUGGACACGAACCACGCCGACGCGCACGGCGCCAUGCAGGUGUGCUGCCAGUGCUACGGGUACGCCGCCAAGCUAGGUGUGGACAACGUCAUCUGUCGGAACACGAAUGUGGGAGACGCCACGUGUGCCGGCGGCAGCGUCGAGAUGUUCAACACGUGCAUGGCCGAGAUCGAAUCGUGGGCCACGGACUCGUACACGCAAGCUGCGCGCGACAUCAAGGCGUCCACCGCCGACUUCAAGAUCAUCAACACACACUACUCGCCCCACCACCACAUGAACCCCAUGCGCAUGAAGAAGUGGUACGACCUGACCAAGGACACGGGCGUCCACGUCUGGUUCAAUGGACACACGCACGGGUUUGGACACGACAUCUCGACGUGGGGCACCCACUUUAUCGAAAACGGCGGCGGCGGCGGCAUCCGCACCGAUUCAGACUCGGCGACCGACAACGGCUUUGUCAAAACACAAUGGGUGGCUGGCGGCACUCCAUAUGGGUUUAUGGAGCUGAGCUUCUCCAAGGAUUGGCUCAAAGUGCAGUUUGCCACGUUCGACAAGGCAUGGAAGUUUGGCGGAUUGAAGUACCCCGACACUGUCACAGGCGGCAUCCAGCGAGGCCACUGCUGGUACGUCCCAUCUGGCAACGCCACGGGCCCAGGCAAGGAGUGCAAGUCAUCUAUCAACUAUGCCAUCGGCGCACCCCUGCGUUAAGGCCAUUUUCAAUAAACCAAACAAACGUUCGAA